AUGGACAAACCCUCCGCGCGAACGGCCUCGACGGAGGACACUCCCACCUUGAAAUCACGGUCUGCGCAUCUUCCCACCAGACCACUCACCAAGUCAGUUGCACCCAGACUGUCUACCACUAGUCGUACUACCCCUACUGCCACCACUCCGUCUACUAGACCUGCAACUACGAGUUCUCUUAGUAAGCCACCAGCCAGACCAGCAACCACUACCACUCUUCGCGCUGCUCGAACCACCCCUUCUACCACAGUUCCGACACACCAGAAGAGGCAAUCGGCAAGCUCGGUCGAUGAGAAACCAUCGGGUGAUGAGAAGAGCAAAGAUGGAAUAUCUGCAAGACCCAAGAGAAUGUCGUUGGCUCCGAGCACGUCUUCCGAACGGACCUCAACUGUCACUGCACGGCGGACGACUCUUCAGCCUUCUACUGCCAGACAAAGUACAACCAGCCCCACCGGUGCUAGGAAAGUCCCUUCGACACCCAGCAUAAUACGCACUAUGAGCACCCCUCGCACAAAGCCUCUGACCUCGUCAACGUCGAGAAAUCUUGGCGCUGCUACCAUUGGUGACAAGAAGCGAUUGAGCACCAUCCCGGCUUCCCCAGCAAUCAAAUCCGAUGUUGAGGAGUCCGGAGACAAUAAGGAGAACUUCGAGUCAGACGUUGAGAAAAAAUUGCCCACCCGACCUGCACUCGGCUCAAGGAAAUCAACGCGGUCUGUGCUUAUUGAGCAACAAAUUCGUGAAUUUGAACUCGUCAGCAGUAUGCUACAACAAGCCAUCGCCUCGGACGGUGUGGACGACCAAGAACAACAAUCGAUCAACGACGAAGCCGCGGCCUCCAUCGCCAAGCUGAAGACGGAUCUCGCAAAGGUCAGACAAUUCGAAAGAGAAAACGGUCGUUUGCCGACAGAAUCGGAGCUCGACCAAGUCCCAGAAGAUGUGACUGCCGAUGGCUUGACUCAGAACGGAGAAAACGAAAGUUCCCAGGCUGAAGAUCUCAAAGGAACCCUGGCAGACAAGCAGAUGGAGAUUGAGGCUCUGAAAUCGGAAUUGCUAAGUUGGAAACAGAAGCUGGAAGACUUCGGCAAAAGCGCAGAAGAGGAAGCUUCACGCGUGCAAGUCGCGACUGAGGCAAUAAGAGCGGAACACGCGAGCAAGGUGGAAGAACUCUCGACGCUGCAGGAAGAGAAGCUCAAAACAAUCCUAGAAGAGCACCAGAAAGAAUUGAAAAUCCUGGGUGCACGUCAGCAGUCGGAGCUUGAUGCACUGAAAGACCAACUAUCCCGUGAGUUGAGUGUCAAGCAAUCUGAGACUUCACGCCUGGAGACAGAAUUGGCCGAGCUCCACACAGCUACACUCAAAGCGCAAUCAGAGAAGGAUGCCGAGAUUGAAGCCUUGAAGCUGGACUUGAAGGCAAAGACACUCGAAGUCGAGACAGCUAGUGAGGCUGAAGCAUCGCCAAGUCCCUCCCCCGAUCAUGAGCAGAAGCUGGCAGAGGCUCAGAGUAGACUUGAGGCAGCACAAUCCCGUCACCUGGCAGCCAAGGACAACGCCAAGACCAAGAUCGCAAAACUGCAAGAGGAUUUUGAUACAAAAGUAUCCACCCUCAGUGCUCAGCAUGAAGAACAGCUGGCCGAGCUGAAAUCGAAACUUGACAAAGCGGAGCUUGACGUCGCUUCUAAGACUGCGCAAGUCGCGAAGCAAAGUGAAGAGCAUGCCAAAAUCGAUGGCGAAGUGUCGCGCCAGGCGCAGGUCAUUGAAGCCUUGAAGAGCCAAGUUUUGGCGUUCCAGCAAUUCAAGAAAGAUGAUCACGAGGCACAAGCUUUGGUCAUUGAGAAACUUGAGUCAGAGAUUGAAUCUCUGAAGCAAGAAAAAUUGAGUGCUACCGAAGCCUCCUCGGCUUUGCUCGCAACAGCAGAAAAGUCCCAUUCUGAGAAGCUUGAAGCUGUAGAACAACAACUUAAUGCUGCGCGAGACGAGCUAGAGAAAGCCAACGCAUCACAUCAAGCGCAGUUGGAAGAAGCUGUCCGCAAAGCUCAAUCUGACUUGUCUGCUGCUAUCGCUGAAAUGGAGGCAUUGAAAUCGUCGCAUAACAGUCAGCUUGAUGAGCUCAAGGGACAGCUCCUGAGAGCCAAUGAAAGCGCCACCUCGGGUGCCAACCAACAUGAGGAGGCUCUUGCGACCCUGCGAACACAACUCGAUGACGCGACAGCUGCGAUCACCGAAGCUACGAACAAACACGAAUUGCUUAUCAAGGAGCACACUAUUGAGAAUUCAUCUGCUGAAGAAAGCAUAGCCGGACUCAAAGAGCAAUUGGUCACAGCAAAUGCUGCUGUGGCCGAUGCCAUAAGUAAGCAUGAAUCAUUAAGCAAGUCUCACGAGUCCCAAACCGCCUUUGCUCAGGACGAGCUAGCUACUCUGAAAACUGGCCAUGCCGUCCAGAUCCAAGAAUUAGAACAAAAAUUAGAGCUUGCAGCAAAGGAGGUCUUAUCCGCCAAACAACUGCACGCUUCCCAGAUUAAGCAAUUGGAGGUACAGAUGCAAGCAACACUGAAAGAUCUUGACACCUUGGAAGCUGGCAAUGUUGAGGCUAUACGGCGAGUUCAGGCUGAAGCUUCGGAAGCGCAGCAGAAGGCUGUAGAAGAGGCGGAACAAGUCCACAUUCAGCGUGUGCGAGAACUUGAGCAGCAAUUGAACGCCGCUGAACAACAGCAGAACGCUGUGCAAAAGGCACAGGAAGCCCAUGUUCAGCGCGAGCAAGAACUCAAACAGCAACUCAACUCUGCUGAAGAUCGGCUCAAAGCCCUGCAAGACGAACACAGUCAACGCGAGCGAGAACUUCAACAACAAGUAAAUGCUGUGGAAUCGCAACAAUCCAACCGCGCCGGGCAGCUCGAGGAAGAAAAGGAGCGUAUGCUGCAAGAACAUGAUCUGGCCCUUGCGGAACUGAAAUCGUCUCAUGCUAAGAACAUCGCCGCUGUUGAAGCACAAUUGAAGUCGGCGAAAGAGUCAGCUGAGGCCUCAACUGCAGCCCAUACUCAACAGCUCCAAUUAUUGGAGGAGGAUGCUAACUCGAGAUUUGCUGCAGAAAUUGAGUCAUUGAAGACUAAGCAUGCAAAUGAGCUGGAAAGUAUCCAGCAAAGCAAUCAACUAGCUCGGGACGAAGCACUUGAGGGUCUAAGUGCUAGUCUUGCCCAAGAGAAAAAAGUCCUAGAAUCCCAAGCGAAGAGUCUCAAGGCCGAUCUCGAGAAUACACAGUUUCAAUUUCAAAACUUAAAGGGAAUUUUUCAGUCUGUUGAAGAAGAGGGCAAGGAUAAAGACCGGGAACAUGAUGAAGCCAUAGAGAAACUUCAAGAAGAAUUGUCUCUUGCUGUGAGGAAACUUGCCGACCACUCCUCUCGUGCCAUGGACCUCCAGAUGCAGCAUGAUGAAGCUCUUGCAAAUGUCAAAUCAACACUUGAAUCGAAGUCGCAAGAGGAUAUCGAAAAGACAAAAUUUGAGCACGAGAAGCAUCUAAAUGAGCUUCGAGCAACACUCGAAGCAGAACACAAAGAAGCGCUUGCUAAGCUCCAGGCUGAGCAUGCCGCUUCUCUUGAAGCUGCCCAGACCUCAACACAAGCGCAAAUUGCGGAACUCCAAUGGAAGGCCAAGGAGGAACAUGACGAGCAUAUGGACCAGAUUAUGAAGACACUCGAAAGUCAAUGGAAAUCACAAGUUGAUCAGUUGGAAGAGGACAAAGCGGCCGCUAGUGCCCGCCUCGCUACUUUGACCACUGAGCAUGAAAGUACUCUUCAGGAGAUCGAGACGCAACACCAGACCGCGCUCACAAAGCUGGAAACAGAGUUGCAGGAGGCCCACAGUGCUGCUACCGCUCUAAAAGAUACUUCUGAUCUUGAUGCUUCGAAAGCACAGCUUGCUGAAGCUCUUGAAAAGAUCCAGACGAUGCAGACAAAUCAUACUGAGGCGAUGGUGGCAGCGUAUGCGAAGCACGAAUCUGCUCUGAACUCAGCGAGAGAGGAUCUCGUAGCUGCUCAAAAAUCUGCCGAGCAACGGAAAGAUCCAGCAGACUUCGAGGAGCUGAAUUCGAAAUAUAUUGAAGCUCAGAAAGCUUUGGAAAAGCUCCAUGACGAGAAUGAACUGGUUGCACGUGAGACGAAGGCGGAAUAUGAUACAAAAUACGAGAAGCUCUUGAUAGAGCUGAAGGAAAGCCAGGACUCUUCCAAAGCGAGAUCUGAUCCUGCUGAGUUAGAUGCUGCCAAUACUCGUCUUCAAGAUGCUCAAAAGACCAUUUCUGCAUUACAAGCCGAUCUUGAAGGUGCCCUGCUUGAAGUUGAUACACAGCGCGGCCUUGCCGCGAGUGCACAACAGGAAAUUCAACAGCUGAAGCAGCAAAGUGCCGCUACGACCUUGGCUAGUCCAAUCCCACGCCGGAGAAGCAGAAGUCCCAAGAGGAAAUCCAUGAACCCUUUGUCACCCACUGCCGAGAACAAAGGCCUUGCAUCCAGCAGAUGGGCAACCCCUGAUGAUGCACCAGCCUCGACUGCCGAGACGCCUGCAAGCCCACCCACGGGUCUGAGAGGUGGCGCAGCAGAUCCGGAUGCACUAGUUGAAGCCCCCAGUGAGGCCAAGCAGACGGAGGAGAAACCCAGCAAACACAAUGUUGCAGGACAGCUAGCUGGGAUCCAAGAACAGAUCAGACAGCUGGAUGAGAUCAGUGAAGAUUUCCUUGUCGAACAUCAGAGAAUGGCACGCACGCUGAGCAAGGUGGAUGAUCAGACAGAGACCCCGACGACUGUUGAGGUCGAAUCUGAAGAGUCCUGA